UGUAUCUUGGUGGUGCCCCAAGCAGCCGAAACGAACCGCCAACAGAGAACAUCACCAUCCUCAGUUGGCCAAAAACCAUUCUUUUGCCUUUUACCUCCAGUGGAUUACCUUUGCCCUAAAGAAAUCGAAACAUAAAUCGAAACCAACAAGCAACGCAGAUAAAACUGUCCAAGUGAACACACAACACACAAACAUCGAGUUGAACAAACCCAUGAAGUGCGCGAAAUGUUGAGCUACGUGUAAAAGCGAUUUAAAGGAUCUUAUAACUCUGUGAGAUAGAUACGAAUCAAAGAUACAAAUCGAAAGCAGAAAGAAAGUGGCUAGUGAUCCCCCAGAAUUCUUCGCUGAGUUCUAAACGACGAAAUCCGUUCUGUUACUUGCGUGAAAAGUUACAACCACAAGAUGACCAGAAGACGUUCGAGUCCGCCGGGACUCGAGGAGCUGCUGUAUCUGGCGCUCGUCCUGCUGGCCAUGGCUUUGAUACCCACACAAGCCGCCCCGGUCCAGGAGUACACGGAGAUCCAACAGUAUUCGGAGGGCUGCUACUACAACUAUGCGCACUACCAGGAGGGCGACCGCAUCAUGACCAAUGAGCCAUGUCUGAACUGCACCUGCCACAACCGCAUGCUGAUGUGCUACCUGCGCGUCUGCCCCUUCACCAAGCCCAUUGGCCACGACUGCAUCGUGGAGAAGCGGGAGGACCAGUGUUGCCCCAUCAUCACCUGCCCAGAAGUGCCCGUGGACGUGCCGUAUCACUCGCCGGAACCCGGAACCGAAUUGAGCAUUCCCGAGAAGUUCGGCUGCAGCAUCGAGGAGAAGUUCUACCCGGAGGGCGCCCAGGUGCCAUCGAAUCCCAACAAGCCUUGCGAACUCUGCUACUGCAUCAACAACCAGACCAAGUGCGUCAUGCAGGAGUGCACUCUGCACGUGGACGGCUGCCUGCCCAUCUACAACAAGGGAUCCUGUUGCCCCGUGCGUUACAGUUGCGACCAUGAAAACGAGUUGGACUUUGUGGACCAGUCGACCACGACGACAACCACUACCGUGCGACCCACCACUGGCUUCAUCCUGGCCAGCACCAUGACACCACCCACCACCACCGACUGCAUCCACGAUGGCGAGAUCUUUGCGGACGGUGCCUCCCUGAAGGGCAAGAAUGCCUGCGAGCACUGCUACUGCAUGCGUGGCGACAUCGUGUGCGCCGUGCAGGAGUGCGAGGUGCCCAUGAUGGCGGCCAAUGGAAAGUCCUGUCGCGCCAUGCCAGCCGCCGAGGGCGAGUGCUGUCCGAGCAACUACGUCUGCGAGGACGACAGUGCCACCACCGAAAUUGUUGAGAUCACCACGCCAGAGAGUGCUACUUCGGCUCCGACCAAGGGCAUUCAUGCCGAGAUUCCCAAGGAGGAUGUCGAUCUGCAGGAACACAUCGAUGACGAGGACAAGGAUAAGGAGACCGCCACCAUUCCCUCCGCCGAGCUGGGCAGCGGUGAGGUUGAGGACGAGGAGGAGGAUAAGAUCACCACGGCUGCACCAGUGCACAUUACAGACGAGAAGGACUUCUCCUUCGAGCCCGAGUCCUCCACCGCCGGCAUUCCAUCGGAUUCCAGGAUCGAUUUACCAUCGUCCACCGAGGAGUCGAAGGAAUCGUCCACUGAAGCUGCCGAGGAAGAUAUCGCAAAGAUCGUCACCACUCCAGAGCCCGAAGGUAGCGGCGAAGAGGAUGUGCCUAAGCCUGCCGAGAUUCCCGAAAAGGAAGUCACUGAAGAGGAACUCAUUAAGGUCAGCACUGCUGCUCCAGCCAAGGCCAGUCCUGAAGAGGAAGUGGUCAAGGCCACCACCUCAGCACCAACGGAGGAAGAUGUUAAGCCGACAACCGCCGGAACAACCAGCGAGGAAGAGGAAGAGGGCAAGCCCACACCGGCAGAGGAAGGAAGCGGUGACGAGGAGGAGGAUGUCAAGGUCACUGCUGCUCCAGAGACAACCGAAGAUGAAGCCAAGCCCACUUCCGCCCCAGUGGCGAGCGAUGAAAAGGAACAGGAGCCCAAGCCAAGUGAGGGCAGUGGUGAAGAGGAGCUGGAUCUCAAACCUACAACAGCAGCUCCAACGGCAGGUGACGCGGAUAAGGAUGCUACUCCAGCUCCUGAAGAAAGUGAGGAGCAGGAUGAAGGCAAGUCUACUGAAGCGCCAACCUCCAUCGACGACGUUGAGCCACCCAAGCCAACUGAAUCCUCCGAGGAAGCUAGCGGCGAGGGAGAAGAUGUUGCUAAGGAAACCACACCUGCUGGAGAAGCCGGCAUUGCUGGAGAGGAAGAGAUCGUCAAGGCAACCACACCAGCUGGAGAACCUAGCGUUGCUGGAGAGGAAGAGAUCGUCAAGGGAACCACCCCUGCCGAAGAAUCCAGUAGUGAAGGUGAGGAUGAGAUCGCCAAGGCAACCACACCUGCAGGAGAACCCAGCCUUGCUGGAGAAGAGGAGAUCGCCAAGGCAACCACUCCUGCCGGAGAGCCUAGCAGUGAAGGAGAAGCAGAGAUCGUUAAGGAAACCACCCCUGCCGGAGAACCUAGCAUUGCUGGAGAAGAGGAGAUCGUUAAGGCCACCACCCCUGCUGGAGAAUCUAGCAGUGAAGGCGAUGAGGAGAUCGUCAAGGCCACCACCCCUGCUGGAGAACCUAGCUUUGCUGAAGAAGAGGAGAUCGUCAAGGUCACCACCCCUGCAGGAGAACCUAGUAGUGAAAGUGAAGAAGAGAUCGUUAAGGAAACCUCCCCUGCCGGAGAAGAAGAUGUCAUUAAGGCCACCACUUCUGCACCCAAAUCCGACUUUGAAGGCGUCAAGGAACCUGAGACAGCCACAGAAGCUCCAGCAGGCGAAGGCGAGGACUUCGCCAAGCCCACAACUCCAAUCGCUGAGGCCGAGGAAGAACCCAUUGCCGGAACACCCAUUCCAACUGACGGUAUCAGUGGCGAAGAGGAGUUUGUUAAGGUCACCACUCCAAAGACCCUGGAAGAGCAGCCUGAAAUUAGCGAAGAAUCUACCGAUGUGCCCGUCGCUGAGGAAGAUCUUUCGAGCUCGACCAGUGCUCCAGCUAUUGCCUCUUCGACCGAAGGUGUCCAGGAUGUUGCAAUUGAAACGACUUCCAGUGCUCCUGCCCGAGCUGGAGACAAGGAGGAAGCAGGCACCACUGCGCCUAUUGCCGACGACAAAGACUACGCUGAAGAGGUGGAACAGGAUGCCACAGACUUGCCAGUCGAAGAUACCGUCCAGAGCACAACUGCAAAGACCACAACCACCACCACCGAGCAGCCCAAGGAGGAGUCCUCUACUGAAGCUGAGGACGCUGAAAUCGAAGUCACAACCAGUAGUCCCGUCGAUAAACAAGAGGUGCCCGAAGCUGAACCAGCAGACAAGGAUCAUAAGGACGAGGAAGAGGUACAGACCGCCACUGAUCUGCCAAUCAAAUCUGAUGUUGUGCCACCUGCUGUCGAUACCGAAGCUACUACCAGUGAGCCUGAAACCAGUGAUGAGGCCGCUACCGAUAAGCCACCAACUGUUUAUCUGCCCCCUGGUGAAGACAAGGAUUCUGAGAAGGAAGAGGGAACUGCUACGGAGCCCUCUGCCCAAGAGGAACCAUCCAAGCCUGUGGACACUCCAGUGUCCCAGGAGAUUCCAUCCACCACUGCUAAGGUUGACAAUCGGAACGACUUCGAAACGGAGAAACCAACUCUGCCACCAAGUGCCGAGGAUCAGAGCUCCGAGCCCCUGCCCGCCAUGGAUCUGCCCGCUGCUAUUCCUGGCGAAGGUGACUGUCUGGUGGAGGGCAAGACCUACGCCAACAACACCAUCGUUCCCGCUUCCGCACCCUGCGACGUGUCCUGCAGAUGUAUCAGCAGCCUCGUGGCCUGCGAACAGAUGGAGUGCAAGAAGCCCGCGAACCUGGAGAAAUGUACCGUGGCUGCCGAUCUUGUGGAUGGUUGCUGUCCCACUUACAUCUGCGAUGAGAGCCCUGAAAGUGUUGAACAGGAUCAGGAAUCCACCGCCAAGCCCGACGAUAAGAUCGACGAGGAUGUCUCAGAGAUCAGCACGGAGGAGAUUCCCAAGGACGUCAUCAUGCCUACUGGCAUCACUGAGCAGCCUCUUUCUCAUGUCAAGCCCGAUGAAGAGAACCAACCAGUGACCUCGAUUCCGCCACAGGCUGAUGAAUCUACGACUGCUAAGGUUGAUAAGAAACCAAUCGAUGAAUCCGAGGAGGACAAGAAACCAGUCGAUGAAUCCGAGGAGGACAAGAAACCAGACGCAGAAUCUGAAGAGGAUAAGAAACCAGCUGAAGAUUCCGAAGAGAAGGAGAAGCCAUCGCCUGCUGUCACUCCAGCGGGUGAGAUUGAAAAGGAAUCCCAGCCCGAGGACGAGAAGAAGACUGAGGGUGAAUUCGCGGGACCCACUGAACAGCCAGAGGCUUCGACUCCCGCCCAGUUUGCCGACACUGCUGAGAAGGAGGUUGAUGAUAAACUGGCCACCACAUCUGCUCCCAUUUCUAGCGAGGAAGAGCUCAAGCCUGCCGAUGAAAAGAAACCCACUGAUGAAGCGCAGAUCCCAGAGGCUGAAAUCCCUGCUAGCACCGCUGAGCCCGAGUUCUCGACUGAGCUGCCUACUGCUGAUCUUGACAAGAAACCAGAAGAGGAUUCAACUAAAGCCACUGAGGCGCCUGAGUCUGAUAAGGUUCCUGAAGUUCCCACCAGUGCUCCAGCUGAAGAUGAGAUUGAGGAGUCUGACAAAUUCACGACUGUUGCUCCACCAAAGACUUCUGCUUCUGACGAAACCGAGCCCGCUGGUGAGGAAGAUCUCGUUCCUGCAACCUUUGAGCCCGUGGAAAGCGAAUUUGAAGUUAGCACCCAGAAGCCAGUCGUGCAAGGACCACCACUGCCCACUCUUGCCCCAACUCAGCCAGAGAAGAAACCAGUCGAUGAAGAGGACUCCACUGAGGCUGAGAUCAGCACUGAACCAAGCGCCGAAGUUGAAAAGGAAACCUCUGGAGAAACAUCCGAAUCCGACACCAAAACCGAUGCUCCUACUACUGCUGUUCCUGUUUCUGCCGAAGAGGAAGAGGACAAGACCCCAAGCACUGAUAAGGCUGUCGAGGCCGAAGAAAAGGUCACCACUGUUGCGCCAGUUGCUGGUGAUGAUGAGGAGUCCAAUUUGCCCAAGCUACCACAAGAUAUCUUUGAAGAGGAAGUGCCUGCCGUGGUUACCACCGCUGCUCCAUCGAAGGUCGAAGAUGAACAGAAACCAGUCGAUGAUGGAAAGAAACCGGUCGAAGAUGGACAAGAGCCCAUUGAGGACGAAACCUCUACAUCUGCUUCCUCUGAAAAUGAGAUUGAGCCUGAAUCUGAUCGUGCAACCACUGCUGCUCCUACUAAGGAAGAAGCUGCCGAACCAUCCACUGGUGCUCCCGAAUCUGAUGAGAGCAAGGAAACUCCUGAGUCCGAAGUGCCCACAACUGUUGCUCCUGCUGGUGAGAAGAUUCCAACAAGCAGUAUCACUCCCGAUGAGGAACCAACUGCCACUUCUGCUCCUGUUGCCAAGCCUGAUGAAGACAUAGAGAAGGAAAUCAGCACCGAAAUUCCCACUGGCACUCCAUCUUCGUCUGAAGAGGAUGAGGAUACCCCUACCGAUCAAACUCCGUCUCAGGCGCCAGAAAAGAAACCUGAAACUCCUGCCCAGACUCCAGAAGAGGAAGAGGAAACUGUUGGUGCCACUACUGCUCCAACCACCUCUGAUGAAGUGCCCCCUAUUCCGGAACUGCCUGAGGAUGUCCUUGCUGAGAUCCCGCAACCGUCGACUGAGACUGCAGUUAAGCAGCAAGACGAAACCACUGCUGCUCCAAGUGUUGACCGAAAGGAACCCUCUGUUACUGAAAUCGAUCAAGAAGCCACCACAGUCGCUCCUAUCUCUGAGAAGGAUGAGAAGCCAACUGAUGAAGAGAAACCAGUGGUGCAGAAGCCAACUGGAGAGGAGCCAUCUGAGGAAGAAGAGAAGGGGAAGCCCACAGGACAGGAUGUAUCCACUGAGGAACCAGCAUCUACUGAAUCUAUUGAAGAGGGCUCUACCGAAUCUUCUGAAGAAGUUAAGCCGUCGACUGAGGGAGAAAUUGCCGAGAAGCCUGAGGACAAGCAGCCCUCUUCGACUGCCCAGGCUCCAGUUGAGACAGUUCCCGAAAUCUCCACCGAACUGCCAGCUGAAGAUGCCGACAAGCCCACAAGCGUGGCUCCUGUUGUCGCCGAUGAAGAAACCUCCGCUCCGUCCGACGAAAAGAUUCCCUCCGUUUCCGGCGAAGAAGUCGAGAGCCCAGAAGUCACAACUGCCUUCCCACAAGCUGGCGAAGAUGACGAAAUCAAGACACCCGCGUCGGCUGAACCAUCUUCCACUGACAAGGUGCCAGAAACUGAAGACCAGAAGCCCGAGGACGAGAAGAAGUCUGAUGAGACCCCUGAGUCUGCUACCCAAGUAUCUGAUGUGGCGUCAUCCACAGCGGCCCCAGUUGCUGGUGGAGACAUUGAAAAGGAGGAACAAGCCACCACCGCCUCACCUGUCGAGGAGGAGGAAGAAGCUGAGAUCAAGCCAACUAUCGCCCCAGCUGCCGAAAUUCCUGAAUCAUCCGAAAAGGAGCCCGAGGAAGAGCAAGAAGUGGAGUCCGGAACUAAGGCCACCACUGCAGAGUCUGACGAGCAGCCCAUUGAUGAAACUGUUCCUGCAACUUCUGGACCCAUCGAUGAAGCUUCCACAGCCGCUCCUACCAAGGAGGAGUCCACCAGCGCUGCUAGCCCAGCUUCGCCUGCUGUUCACGACGAUGAAAUUAAGGAUGUCACCACUGUGCAACCAGUUGCCGAUGAGCAGGAAGUGGCUGGUCCUCAGGACGAUACAAAGACAUCCAUUGAUGUGUCCACCGAUACUCCCAUCGCCCCAGAGGAUGAGAAGCAAGACAAAACCGAGGCUCCAGUUGCACCAACCACUGUUGCAUCGCCAGCCGCUGAUUCUGCAGUUGAUUCUACUACUCCUUCAGUGGAGGUUCCAUCUGCUGUCGAAAUCGACACGAAGCCUAUGGAUGAAUUCAUGUCCCAGACUAUUGCUCCUCAUGCCGCCGAUGAGUCUGCGUCCACGUCCGCUGAAGAUGAAGACCAGUCUCCCGUUACUGUGUCUCCUCAGGAUGCUGACCAGACUCCAGUUUCCGCGGCUCCCCAGGAUGCUGAUAAGACUCCGAUCUCAGAGGCUCCCCAGGAUGCCGACGAAAUCCCAGCUACAGCUGCCCCUGUUGACGAAGACAAGAUUCCAGCCACCGUGGCUUCUCAGACUGAUGAUGAGGUUCCAGCUACCGCAGCUCCUCUUGAUGAAGACAAGAUUCCAGCUACUGAAGCUACUCUUGAUGAGGAGAAGAUCCCAUCCACAGCAACUCCUCUGGAUGAUGAAAAGAUUUCUGCUCCAGUUAGCCCCGUUGUUUUCGAUGUGGAGCCAAGCAGCGAUAAGCCUGCUGUAUCUGAGGAUGCUGGUGAAGAGAGCACCGAACCAGCUGUCCAUGAUGUGGAGACUAGCACUGAUGAGCCUACUGGUGAUGCCAAACUGAAGCCACCUACUUCUGCUCCGGCCAUUCCAUCGGAAUCUCCAGUCACAGAGGCGGAGAUUGUGCCAGAAACUGCAGCUCCAGAGGUUGAGAAGGAGGUGCCAGAGAAGGCCACCGAACAACCCGAGCUGGAAAAGGAGACUCCAGAGAAGGUUACCGAACAACCCGAGCUCGAGAAGGAGACUCCAGAGAAGGCCACCGAACAACCCGAGCUGGAGAAGGAGAGUCCAGAGAAGGCUACCCAACUGCCGGAGCUGGAGAAGGACACACCAGAGAAGGCCACCGAGCAGCCGGAGCUGGAGAAGGAGACUUCAGAGAAGGCCACCGAGCAGCAAGAGCUGGAGAAGGAGGUGCCAGAGAAGGUAACAGAGCAGCCGGAGCUGGAGAAGGAGACCCCAGAGAAGGCCACCGAGCAGCCAGAGCUGGAGAAGGAGGUGCCAGAGAAGGUAACAGAGCAGCCGGAGCUGGAGAAGGAGACUCCAGAGAAGGUAACAGAGCAGCCAGAAUCGAUCGAUGAGAAGACCACUCAGGAGCCAGUCGUGAAGCCCAGCUUGGAUUCCACGGAGGAGGAUGAAGAGUCCGUUGAGUCCGAGGAGGAAUCCGCUGACAAGAAGACAGAGGCGCCUGAGGUACCCGCUGUAGUUUCUGAGAUUUCUCAGCCAAGUGAAGAGGCCGUUCCCACCACUGGUCACCCACUGUUCCCGCACCUGGCCAGCAGCACCACCACGGCGCCAGCCAUUGGCGACCGCGUGGGCGAGGAGGAUGAGGAGAACACCACUGUCAAAUUGAGUAGUUCUACCAGCACCAGCACCACAGAGGCUCCUGUAACCAGCGCACCAUCGACGACGACGGUGGCCAGCCAACAACAACAGCCGAUUACCCCGCCGCCCUACGGCCACGCCCCCGAGUACGAGGAUGAGUACGACGAGGAGGAGGUGUUCGGACCCGGAACCUGCCGCUACGCCGGCAAGCUGUACGUGUCCGCCCAGCAGAUCCCACGUGACGAUCCCUGCGACUUCUGCUUCUGCUUCCGAAGCGACAUCAUCUGCUUGCAGCAAUCGUGCCCGCCGCCAAUCGCCGGCUGCCACGAGGAGCCCAUCUCCGGCUUCUGCUGUCCGCGCUACGAGUGCCCCGUGUCCAUGGCCGCCGUGCUGAACAUCACCACGAGCACCACCACCACCAGCACCACCCUGCCGCCCCACUUCCUGCACUAUUCGCACGGCGAGGCGGUGAAGCACACCGGCUGCCUGAUCAACGGCCGUUCCUACCGCGUGGGCGAGCAGAUCGAGUCCACGAGCGGUCCCUGCAUCAGCUGCACUUGCGGUGGAGACGGCAAGAUGAAGUGCGAUCCCCAGCAGUGCGUUCCCGAACCCACCAUGCAGCAGGUGAUGGCCGCCGUGGCGUCGGGACGCAAGAGAUGAACCACCAGCCAUGCUCACUAAAUAUAAUUUAACUAAUUCUUAAGCACUGCAGACAACAAUCACGAACCGACGAACCAACCAGCCCAGAUAGCACCACUCGCCAACUAGCAGCAAUAGCAAUAGCAAUAGAAAUCAUAGAGCCAGCAACCAGGAACCAGAUAAAGAACAGAAACAGAAACAGAAAUCUUGAAACCGGAAAUCCGAAACAGGAAGUCCGGAAGAGAAUAGGCGACGAGCCAGGCCAAAUGCAAUAGUGUAACAGAACCAGAUGCAAUAGUGUUAAUUUUGGGUUUGCCGACAUACGCACUCUAUCAAUUGGAUUACGCCCACUUGUUUCGGAUUAGGUUACGGUGACGAAGCAACCAGUGAUAUUGUACUGUAUACAUAGUAUAGGUGCAAUUAAUUUAGACGCGCUCACUUAAAUCGAUUACUUAUUUGUAUUUGUAUGUGUACUAGUAUUUUUGGGCUUGUGACCCUAGUGACAGGACAUAUAGCCACCACAGCAGCCGACGUAGCGCGUGCCUUGUAAGGUCGUUCAUUGUGCCCAAUACAAUCCGCCAUACAAUCGCUUUCAGGAGACUCUCAGCACCCCACACCACACCACACAUAGGUAGAGCGAAGAUAUUCCGGACACGGAUCGCAAUCAAUGGCGUUACGAAGCCACGGCAUUCGGCCGCCGGUGGUUGGGUUUCUACACUUGCCCCCGCCGGCGGCUCACUCUUCUCCAAUGCGCUUUUAUAGUAUUUUAGUCACCUUAUUUUAAACAUUAUUAUUUUUGUGUAUAAUUGUUGCUUCUAGUCUUCUUUUGUUGCAAGAGCAACGGAAUCCGCCUGUAACACGCGCACAACCCGAUCGAUCGUUCGAUCGCAUCACAUUACAUCAGAUCAGAUCAGAUCAGAUUAGAUUAGAUUAGAUCGAAUCAGAUUGGAUCGUAUCGGAUCGGACCAGUUGAAUCAAAUUGAGUUGAGUUGAGUUGAGUUGAAAAACUGUAUCUUCUAUGAACUAUUCCAAGCUUUUAUACUUUUAUAUACAGAAUACGUGUAGAGUGGAGAAACGAACGAACUAGUUUUUAUAGCAAUUUUACAAACGAACGCACGAAUUGCAUAGUUUUAACGGAUUGAAUUUGUACUUCGCCCGCUGCACCUGCACAGGCACCCGUGUCAGGUGCAAAUGAGGUGGCCAAACCGUAGUCUACAUAGAAUUUUUAGAUCAACUGAAACUGAAACGGAAACGGAAACCGAUUACGGAACCGGAAACACACUGUCGGCCAUCGCUACUGCUCGACUGACUGAAAAUCGCACCGAAGUUCGAAGAGAGGAGCUAUCUUUGUAAACUAUUUUUUUUAACUACCAGCUGCCGCGCUGGUCAUUACUUUAUUGGUCGUAGAAUAGAACGAAAAGCCUGGAUCGGAUCUUCAGUCACUUGAGCCUUAGCAAUGCGCCGAAUUCGUCAAGCGUUUGAAUCGCGCUGAAUGAAUACGAACAUCAAUUAGUUUUAUAUAAUCUCUAACUAUAGUUGUAGUCCUAAGUAUUUAAUUUUAAAAAUAAAUAAAUAAAUAUUAAUUUAGAUCCUAUUUAUUUGAUAUGUCUUUUAAGAACAGCUCUUGUGUUUCCAUACCUUAUCAUAAUUU